AUGAGCACCCUCACCGCCGCCGCCCGGGACCCCGAGGCUCUGACGUCCGCGCCCAGAGGCUGCGCCCGCCGCUGGCUCCCCUGGACGCUGGGAGUCGCGGCGCUGCUGGUGCUGGUCGCCGUCGGUGCCGCCUUAGCCGUGCGCUCCUGGGCGGUGCCAUCUGCGCCCGUCUGCGCCCUCUGCGCGCCCGGCUCCCCUCCCAGCCCGAGCCCAGCUGCCGACCACCUGGGCUCGCCCGGCGCCCUCGCCGUCCCCCGGCAGGUGAGGCGCGCCCCAAUCCGCUCAGCGGGGCCCGGGAGGCCGGAGUGGGAUCCUUCUGGGUUUUCGUCCCCGGGGAUGCCCCUUCUCCGCGCGCUCCCCGGGCCCUUCGCGGCCACCCAGAGCCUCUCGGAAGACGUGCAGGGGACCUUAUUGCUCUGGCAGACCCUGCGGGGAUCCGUUCUUCCCCUUCCCUCCCCGGUGCUCACGUUUCUGUCCUUGCAGACCUCACGGGCGAUCUACGGCCAGCUGGUCCUUCGAGAAGGUGAGUGUCCGGAGCCACUGGGCUCACGGUCCCCGGCGGUGGAGACGCGCGCGGGCGGGGGCGGGGAGGUGCGAACGCCCGGCUCCACACCCGGUCCCUCCCGAGCCGAGCUGAGCGGGCACUUCUUCUCGGAAAGCGAGUCCCCAUCGGCCUCGGGUUUUCCCUUCUUGACCGCCUUCUCCGCCCCCAUCCGGGCCUCCCCUGUGCUGCCCACCUCCGCUCAGAGGGCCCUUACUCCCAUCCACGUGCUCUCGCGCUUACAACUGAAUGACGGGACACUGAACUGGUACAGCGACCCGGGCAUAACAGGGGUGUUCCUGGCACAAGGCCUGAGCUACCACGAGGCCCAGAGGGAGCUGGAAGUGGCCGUCAGUGGCAUCUACUACGUCUUCUUGCAUCUGGAGCUAAAGCGGGUGCAGAGCAGCUCGGGAAAGGAUGAGGACUCGGAGACUGUCACCGUCACCCUGCACCUGCAGCCCCAAGGCCCUGCCGCAUUCACCCUGCCCGUGGUCCUGUCCUCUGCAUCCAGCUUGGCUGGAGGGUCGCAGGGCCUGAUGCUGCGCCUGGACGCACGGCAGCGGCUGAGCGUCCGGAUGAGCGCUUCCCAGUCUGUGUUGGACAAGUCCGGUCGCCUCUCGUCCUGGCAAAUAUCCCAGGGCACCCUGGGCCUGUUCCUCGUGGCCGCAGAAGACUAG